CCCUUCCACGCUGUCUUCUCCACUCCCACCGCCGGCCUCCCAACCCGCCGCCGGCGACGAUUCCGGCGAGAUACCUGGUCGGCGGACACCGGCUCCCGCGGGUACGAGCCUUCUCUAGACGGGCUGCGUCUCUGUCCAUCUCUUCUUCUUCUCCAACAUGAGGCCCCUCGCGAUACGGCGGCGGGAGGCGCGGCUCCUCCCACCCCUCGCCGUCCUCGUCCGGUCCAUGGCGUACGUGGACGUGAAGAUGCGAUGGAAGAAGGACGCCUCCUUCGACGCCGUCCCCGUGCUGUCCCAGGCGCGGGACCUCCGCCCGCUCGUGUCCCUCGCCGGCCUCCUCUCGCCGUCGCCGACCCCCGUCUCCGCGGUCUCCAAGCUUCGCAUCCCGCUCGAGGUCCCCGACCGCCGCGUCAUCUCCUUCCUGCGGCGGUUCCCCGCCGCCUUCGUGGAGUCCGUCGGGCCGGAGCACAACCACCCCUGGUUCCGCCUCUCGGGCUCCGCCGCCGGCCUCCUGCAGGAGGAGCGGGAGGUCUUCGCCGCGCGGCGCGCGGACAUCACCUCCCGCCUCGGCCGCCUCCUCCUCAUGGCCCCGCGCCGCCGCCUCCCGCUCCGCGCCGCGCAGGGCAUGCUCUGGCACCUCGGCCUCCCGGAGGACUACUUCAGAUGCCGGGACUAUGACAUCGCGCAAGACGGAUUCCGGAUUCUCACCAUUGGAGACAGUGUUUGCCGUGAGGAGGAGGAGGAUGAUGGGAGGGAGCUUGUGCUCAUUGAUAAUGGGGAACACCAAGAAAUGCCAAAAUCAGUGCUCCAAAUGGAUGCCAUAAGGAGAUUUGGGUCCAUGGAGACGGUGCCGAUCCCCCUCUUCCAGUCAAAGGGGCUCCGGCUGAAGCAGAAGAUCGAGGCAUGGCUGGAGGGGUUUCAGAAGCUGCCUUAUGUCUCUCCCUAUGAGGAUUUCAGCGGCAUUUAUCGCGACAGCGAUGUUUCGGAGAAGCGGGUGGUCGGGGUGCUUCAUGAGCUUCUUAGUCUGUUCGUGACAUGCUCUGCCGAGAGGAGGCGGUUACUUUGCCUCAGGCAGCACCUGGGGCUGCCACAGAAGUUUCACCGUGUGUUUGAGCGGCAUCCGCAUGUUUUCUACUUGUUGUUGAAGGAGAAAACAUGCUUUGUUGUCCUCAAAGAGGCAUACCUGGCUCGGGGAGACACUGCAAUUGAAGAACAUCCCAUGCUGGUGGUGCGGAGGAAGUAUGCAGGGUUGAUGGAGGAGUCGCGGGAGAUCAUAAGGUGCCGGCGGAGUGGGAAACCUUUUCCGUCGAAGCAUAAAGAUCAUGAGCAGAUUGAGGAUUCUGAGGGUGCAAAUUCUGCUCCAAUUUUGUCAUAGAAAGCUAGAACUUUGCCUGGUCAGAAAAAAUGAGGGCAUAUGCAGUAUGAUUUUCGUGAUAAUACCAAGGGGGAUUCUACUCUUGGAAGUAUAUGGCUGCUUGUUAGGAAUAUUUGUGUAGAAAGACAGGAGGGUGUACAAACAGGGAGAUCAUAGUUUGUUUUGGUGCUGUCUGUCUUGGUAGUAAGCAGUAUGACAAUCGAUCAAUUGCGAGAAAUUAGAUAGUUGUGAUUGGCAGAUGCCAUAGUCAGGGCAUUAGCUCUUUGUGCUAUUCUGUUUGUUGUGAUUGCUGAAUUAGAUCAAGACCACAUUCAGU